CACUUUACUACUACUCGCUCACACUCACUGUCCCUCGUUCGGCGCUUAUCGGUAACCCCAUAGAGUCGGUACCCCAAAGAGGUUACAAGGCCAAGACCUCGAGAUUAUCAGCCCAUUCAGCAUGAUCCCCGCGGUCAUAGACCCGCUGACCGGUGCCGUCAAUGGCAUCUUGCCGAAGCGCCUGCUGCAACCAGGAGAAGUUGUAGAGGUACCCAGCUCGGGAAAGGCUCCCUACAAGGUGAAACGGCUCGCCGGUCGAGACGAGUACAGAUGUACUUGUCCGACAUAUCAAUGCGGCUGCGCUGGUGGCACCCUCGUAACCUCGCCCAACGCGCCGAGGACCUGCCGCCACCUCAAAGACCUCCUUGGCGAGGUGUACGAGGAAGCUCGGGUGAAGCUGCCCCUGCAGCUCACAAUGUCGCCUCAAAAGCCCGGAGCCACGAGCCAAACCUCCUCCUCGUCCUCAACCUUGCUCGCUGCAAAGCGAAAGAGGGUCGCCUCGCCGCCAGCGGCGAACAAAUCUUCGUCCUCGUCCGGUUCUUCUUAUGGCCCUUGGACCAGCAGCGGCCCCAUUGAGGUCAUGCUUGCUCACACCUUCGACCUGAAGGGCAGCAAGUCUCCUGUGGGCAUGUGGGCGAGCGAGAAGCUCGACGGCGUCCGCGCAUACUGGGACGGAAAGAGUCUCUGGUCGCGAAACCAGAAGAAGUACCUCGCUCCGGACUGGUGGACCAAGAGGCUACCGAAGAACGUGCGUCUGGACGGGGAGUUGUUCAUCAAGAGGGACUACUUCGACACGACUUCGGGGGAGGUUAGGGGCGGGGGCGAUUGGAGCAAGAUGUCGUAUGCGGUCUUCGAUGUCGUAGACUUCGAGAAGACGCUCGAGGAGAGGUGGGCAGUAGCGCGUAAGGUGUGCGUGGAUGGGGAGAUGAGCGUUGACCAGCUCAUCAAGAGAGGGAGGCCAUGUAUCGCCUUCCUGGAGCAGGUCAAGAUCACGUCGAUGGAGCAGAUGGAGGGGAUGCUGGCCAAUGUUGAGAGCUUGGGGGGAGAAGGGUUGAUGCUCCGCCGCUCGGCAUCAUACUACAAGAAGGGCCGCAGCAAUGACGUCUUGAAAGUCAAGACCUUCUACGACGCGGAGGGCACGGUCAUCGGCUACAAGGCCGGUACCGGCCGCAACGAGGGCCGCGUUGGAGCGAUCAAGGUGGAGAUGGCGUGCGGCCUGGUCUUUGACUGCGGAACUGGUUUGUCAGACCACGACCGCGAAUACCCGCCUCCAUUGGGCAGCAUCGUCAAGUACUCCUUCCAGGAGCUUUACCCCUCGGGCGCUCCUCGAUUCCCUGCCUACAAGGGCAUCGCCAUUGACAAGGACGAGCCGAGGGAUGCGGUCGUGAGGUCAGCGGCUAUCAGAGCUGCGGCGGCUGCGAAGAAGGGGGGAGGCGGGGCAAUCCUCAUCCAGUAGGGCGGGCGAUUGGUCAGGAAGACGAGCAGAGCAUGGGCAGGAGGAGGUGAAGGGAGGCAUGGGUGGGGUCGGAGCGGGGCAGAAGGGCGGGGAGGUCAUCAUCAGCUUCAUACCAUUCAUCAUCAUCAUCAUAUCCACGU